GUGUGACUGAUAUGACCUAUGAUACAUAGGUGACCUAAGCACCCUCUGCCUCCUACCCUACCCAGACAAACCAUCCCUCCUGAAAGAGAUGAAUGUCCAGAAGCAGCUGUUUGCUGAGAGGCUGAGCAAGAUUUCUGAGGAGCUGAAGGAUAAGGCAGCUCAGUUUCUCUACCAUCUUACCCCCUGGGCAGCCUGCAACAGCUCCUGUGACCUACCCUCCAAACUAGAGGUCAUCAACUGUGUCAACUGCAGAGCACACCUCCUCACCUGCAAAGACCCCACUCUCUGCCAAGGCGGGACCCAAGAGCUGCUCCUGUGGGCUAUGAGCCUUGGCAUCACUCUGCCCGUGGCAGUCAUAGCUGGAGGUGGAUGGUACAUUCUCUGGCGCAAGAAGGCGGCAAAAGAGCAGGGACCCAGCAGGCUGAGUGUCCCCCACAGCUGAGCAGGUCCCAGCACUGUCAGAAGCUCUCUUGGCUCUGGGUCGCAAUUUAGCCUGGCCAGCGUGGCUCAGCAGUUGAGCA